AUGGAUCGUCCUAGAUAUUCGGUUGAUAUGGGUAAUCUCGAGCGCAACCGAACGAAAGAGCUUGCGAGGAAGAGAUCCCGCAAAGGUAAAUCACAUAUCGGCUCUUCAUCUCAAAGUCAAGAUGAUUUUGAUACGGGUUACGUAAGGAGGGAUGUGGAUGCGAUGACCGACGAACAACUAGAACAAGAAUUGCACCGACAUAAUUCCCGCUUUUUUCAAGACCAACCGAGGACCAUUGACGAAGAAGAGCUCGAGGACGAGGACGACGAUGUGGAGGAAGCAAUUCCGGAGAGCCACGACGAGGAGGAGGAGGAGGGUGGCGGCAGCCAUGACGCCGACCAAGCAGCCUCAUCCCAAACAGGUACAAAAAAAGUAAAUCUGAAUUAAUGGCUAAUAAUUUUUCUAAGUGGAAGGACCCGAACACCGGGAAUUGGACCGCAACUUGCAAUUGGUGCAAGAAAAACUAUAGCUUGGGGAUUUCCGGCGGAUACGGAUCCGCCACAAGACACCUUAAGUCCAAACACCCGGUGGAGUAUGCAAAAUUAGGCGGCGGAACGGGGAAACAAACGCAAUUAUCGAGGUUUGCAAAUAACCAACAAGCUUUUGGUAAUUUCUCAUACAAUGAUGCACAAAAUUUGACAGGUAUGGCUAACUUACUUGUUGAAGAAAAUUUGCCUUAUUUGUUUUCUGAAAGUCUUGCUUUUCGUGAUUAUGCACAAACUUGUUUAAAUCCGCAAUAUAGAGGUUAUAGUCGCAAAACGGUUAAGAAAGAAAUUUCAAGGCUUUAUGGUGCGGAAAAGGUAAGGUUACAAAAUUAUUUUGCAAACUUUGAUGGACGUGUUACCGUAUGUUCUGACAUAUGGGAGGAUACUUAUCAUAAUUUACAUUAUUUGGGUCUGACUGUACAUUAUAUUGAUAAUGAUUGGCAUAUGCAUAAACGUGUUCAUGCUUUUCGUGAAUUUAAUGAUCGUCACACCGCUGAACAUAUUUAUAUUUUGAUUGAACGUAUUUUAAUUGAGUAUAAUUUAAUUGAUAAGGUGUUUGCUAUUGGUUUUGAUAAUGCUACUAAUAAUACUGCUGCUAUUCCUAGAUUGCGUGAAUUGUGUGGUUCUACUUCUUUGAUGGGUAGAUUUUUUCAUCAACGAUGUGCAUGUCAUGUUCUAAAUUUAUGUGUGCAAGAUGGUCUAAAAGCGUUGGGAGCAUCGUUGGAGGUAGUCAAGGGGGGGAUUAGACGUAUUUGGGGUAAUGAACACCUUAGGAAAAAAUGGCAUGAUUAUUUGAUAGAAAGAGGUGAGAGAUAUGUGGCUUUUCCAAAAGAUUUGUCUAUUCGUUGGAAUAGUACCUAUAAGUUAAUGGGAGUUCUUCUUAGAUAUAAACAACAUUUUCCUGCUUUUAUGAAACAAUAUGAUAACUAUAUUAUAAACUCGGCUGAGAUCGACACCUGUGAAAAAAAUUGUAAUGCUUUGAUAUAUUUUAAUAAUGCAACUGAAACUUUUAGUCAUGUUUAUAAACCUACCUCAAACCAAUUUAUUCGUGAAGCUGUUAAUCUCGCCGGUGCUUUUUCAAAUUUUGAGAAUGCUGAUUAUGUGAGUUAUUUUGCUGGUUUUAUGAAGGAAAAGUUUUUAAAAUAUUAUUCACAUAUUCCGCAUAUUUAUGGUAUUGCAUUUGUUCUCGAUCCUCGUUUUAGACUUGGUUCUUUAGAAGAAUGUUUGAAUUAUUAUUAUGCUGCUUUUUUUGGUCCAUUGCCAAUGUAUGAGGACAACCCAAUUGAUCCGAAAAAAGAAUACAACGAGGUUAGUGAUAUAUUUUAUGCAUUAUUCAAUGAGUUUCAUGCACAAUAUGGCAAUGCGCCCCCUCCCCCGACACAAACAUCAUCUAAAGGAAAAUCAAUUUUCAAAUCUACGUUUGCCAAUCUUAUUAAAAAAACAAAAUCAACUCUCGCUACACAACAAAGCACAAUUAAUGAGAUUUAUUUGUAUUUAACUUAUGAUGUUGAUUUUGAAGAAGAUGAUGAUUUUGACGUACUAAACUGGUGGAAGGGAAAAGAAAGAAUGUUCCCGGUUUUAGCAAAGAUGGCUAAGCAAGUGCUAUCAAUGCCGGUUUCAACGGUUGCCGUGGAACAAGAAUUUAGUUCGGCCGGCAAUGUUCUAACACAAACCAGAACGAGGUUGAGCGCUGAAUCUCUUGAGAUGCUUAUAUGCUACCACGAUAGGUUGAAAGCAGCACGUAGAGCUCAAGAAAUUGACAUCACUCCAUCCCAACACUUUAUGGAUGAAUCUACAACAGAGGGUGGCUCUACCUAUGCCGGAGAUUCCGAUUAAAAACAAU